AACAGAACUGUGUACAUAUUAUACAUACUUGUACGUUAGCUAUGUACCCUGCUUUUAUGGCAUGUCUUACUUGGGCUUGCUCCUUAGGUGCUGGGAACUCCGUCUUCGCCUCUUGACCAGAAAGACUAUACCAAAGUUAGAGUGAGCUAUUUAUUUUUUGCUUUAUCUAUAGCAUAAUGUAGGUUACGCGAUUUCUCUUGAAGUAGAUAUACGAUGCGUGCAGCUAAGGCUGCAAGCGGCAAAAAGAAUGCGCGAGCAAAGGUUUUUCGAAUUAAGGUUAUAUCCAUGGGGGACUCUGGAAGCGGCAAAUCAUGCCUAAUAAAGCGAUACUGUGAAGAGAAGUUUGUCUCCAAGUACAUUCCAACAAUCGGCGUGGACUAUGGCGUAAAGCCAAAUAAGUACAACGACUACGAGGUUAGAGUAAACCUAUGGGACUUGGCUGGUGGGCCGGACUACUCCGAGGUCCGCAACGAGUUCUACAAGGAGGCCCAGGGCUGCGUGCUUGUGUACGACGUGACCAACCGGGCCAGCUUUGAAUCCCUGGAGGGAUGGCUGGAGGAGAGCAGGAAGUACGGAGCAGAAAACAUGGUCGUGUUUGUGGCGGCCGCCAAGACCGACCAGCCGGUGCGCAAGGUGUUCGAGAAGGAGGGCCGCGAGUGGGCGCAGGCCAAGGGCUUCCCCUUCUUUGAGGUAUCCGCCAGCAGCGGCGCGGGCGUGCGGGCGCUGUUCACCAGCCUCUUCGCGCGCAUCCUGGCCACCGUGCCCGGCAUCCCGGAGGACCUCACUGCGCUGGCGGUGCAGCAGGCCAACAUGGCGCGAGGGGAGGAGGCGUAGCAGCAGCAGCAGGCACGCAGUGGGGCUACAUAGGGAAGCGGCUAGCAGGCAGCAGCAGCAGCGGCUAUGAAUGCAGGAGAAGCAGCAGCGGUGGGGAGGCGGCUGGGGUGUUGCUGUGAAAGGAGCUCAGUGGUGCUGCUUUGCUGCUACAGGCGAGGCGGCAAAGCUUGCAAUCUUGUAGCGGAGGAAAACACGUUGCUUUGUCCCCCCAGCUGACAUACGCGCGGCUCUUUUCGGAAUGAUGCAAUCACCAGUCCGACAUCAGUGCGGCGCUAAGGAUACGAAGACGCCUUACUACUUGACUUCUUGUGUUGC